GGCGGGGGCCGGAGUUGGCCGCUCGCCGCCGCCCGCCCCGCGCCCCAGGCGCUCACCUUGGGUGCGCGGCCGCCGUGCCAGGCUGGGCGGCUGCGAGGAGCUAACGGGAGGAGAACUUUCACAAGUCAUACGCUGCUUCGCUAUCUGCUGUAGGAACAAUAAAGGUUUUGCUGUGGAGACUGUAGAGCAAUUCUUCCUUGGCUCCUGUUCGGUGAGAUCAGCUAUGGAAGAUGCUCAAGAAAGUGGAGGGUGUCUUGAGCAGAACCACAAGUAUUGUGUGGAGAGGCCAAUAUAUAACCAAGAGAUCUUGCAAGGACAGCUGCACAAACGAGAAAGAACACCUCAGAGUUUGAGGCAGAAAAUUGAACACUCUUGUCGUUGUUCUUCUAAGAAAGCCAAGUCUCAUCUUUACAGUUUCUUACCAAUUUUAAAAUGGCUUCCCCGUUACCCGGUGAAGGAAUACUUAUUAGGAGAUAUUAUCUCAGGUAUAAGCACUGGAGUUAUGCAGCUUCCGCAAGGUUUAGCUUAUGCUUUGCUGGCAGCUGUUCCCCCAGUAUUUGGCCUAUAUUCCUCAUUUUAUCCUGUCUUUCUGUAUACUUUUUUUGGGACCUCCAAGCAUAUAUCAAUAGGCACUUUUGCUGUGAUUAGUAUGAUGGUUGGUGGGGUUGCUGUGAGACAAGUGCCUGAUGAAGUGAUCUCUGUAGGCUAUAACUCAACUAACACUACAGAUGCCUCAGAUUACUUUGGUCUUAGAGAUGACAAGCGGGUACAAGUAGCUGUGACCCUCGCCUUUCUUUCGGGAAUUAUCCAGUUGUGUUUAGGCUUCCUUCGAUUUGGGUUUGUUGCCAUCUAUUUAACAGAGCCUCUGGUGCGAGGAUUUACUACUGCUGCUGCAGUUCAUGUCUUCACAUCACAGUUAAAGUAUCUGCUUGGAGUAAAGACUAGCCGAUACAGUGGACCCCUCUCAGUUGUGUAUAGCCUAGUUGCUGUGUUCUCAAAAAUAACAACAACCAAUAUUGCUGCAUUGAUUGUUGGAUUAACAUGCAUUGUUCUGUUGCUGAUUGGCAAGGAAAUCAAUCUCCGCUUUAAGAAGAAACUGCCAGUUCCUAUUCCUAUGGAGAUCAUUGUGGUCAUUAUCGGCACAGGAGUUUCAGCUGGAAUGAAUCUGACUGAGUCAUAUGGAGUGGAUGUUGUUGGGAAAAUUCCUCAAGGGUUAAGUGCACCAGCAGUUCCUGAGAUUCAACUCAUCCCAGCAAUAUUUAUAGAUGCAGUAGCAAUAGCAAUAGUUGGAUUUUCAAUGGCUGUAUCUAUGGCCAAGAUCUUUGCCCUUAAGCAUGGUUACACCAUUGAUGGGAAUCAGGAACUUAUUGCCUUGGGAAUAUGUAAUUCUGUGGGGUCAUUUUUCCAAAGCUUUCCAAUCACUUGCUCAAUGUCCCGGAGUCUUGUUCAGGAAAGCACUGGUGGGAAAACUCAGAUUGCAGGUGCACUCUCUUCAAUUAUGGUUCUGUUGGUAAUUGUGGCAAUUGGAUACCUCUUUGAGCCACUUCCACAGACUGUGCUGGCUGCAAUUGUAAUGGUGAACCUGAAAGGAAUGUUUAAACAGUUUGGAGACAUUGCUCACUUCUGGAGAACCAGUAAGAUUGAACUGGCCAUCUGGGUUGUAGCUUUUGUGGCUUCUCUUUUCCUGGGACUAGACUACGGCUUGCUUACUGCAGUAGCAUUUGCAAUGAUAACCGUUAUUUACAGAACACAAAGACCUCAAUACAGAAUCCUUGGUCAGAUUCCUGACACAGAUAUCUACUGUGAUGUGGAAGAGUAUGAAGAGGUUAAAGAAUACCCUGGAAUAAAAAUAUUUCAAGCUAAUGCGUCACUUUAUUUUGCCAAUAGUGAGUCAUACACAAGUGCACUGAAGAAAAAGACUGGAGUGGACCCUUGUGCCAUAUUAGCAGCAAGAAGAAAAGCCCAGAAGAAGCAUGCCAGGGAGGUAGAGAAGGCCAAUAAAGUAAAAAAAAAGGCUGUACUGAAGCUAGUGAAUUCUUCGACCAAUGAUGUGGAAGCGAGCGUAAAACAUGAGAUAGCAAAUGAUGGAUUACCUGUAAAUGGAAAAUUUGCAUGUGUGGAUGCUGGUGUACAAGAUGGGUCUCCUGAUGAGCUUGAACACUUUGUGGAGCCCAAAACAAGCAUCCAUUCUUUAAUUCUGGAUUUCUCCCCAGUGAACUUUGUGGAUUCAGUUGGAGCAAAAACAUUAAAAUCAGUUAUAAAAGAAUACAAAGAAGUUGGUGUCUGUGUCUGCAUUGCCAGCUGUAGUGGCCCAGUUAUGAAUGAGCUGACCAGACUGAAUUUUUUUGAUAACACUGUAACAAGAGAGUUGCUGUUUCACAGUAUUCACGACGCUGUCCUUGCUUGCCAAGUGAAAGACAGGUCUGCUUCACAGACUGCCUUGGACCACUGAAGAGUGG